UUUUUUAGUAAAAUUUUGUUGAUUAUUAAUUGACAGUGAAUCAGAUUUAAUCUUAUUUUAAUUCUGCCUUUAACCAACACACAAUUGUGAAUGUAAAAUUUAAAAUUUCAUGUGUAAAGUUGUAAAAUAAAAAGCGCGCUCGACUCCUUGCUGAUCCUACUCUUUACCCAGAUUCUAAAGACUAGAUACUUUUCUUGUGCAAAUAGGCUUUACCAAAAACAAUUCUCUUUGAAUGGCGCUUAAAAUUGCCUUCACAUGGAGCUAUGUUUAGCUUUUUCAAUCUGUGAUUAAAAUUAGACAUUUUUUAACAAAUUAGUGUAAAUUGUUUUGGAAAGUCAAGUGUUAAAUUUUGUACAAUUUAUCAGUGAUUAAUAUUUUAUUAUGUUAGCGUUACUAUCCUUGUGGUUCGAAAUAUUCAACUUGAAAAAUGUCAAUGUAAAGUGAAUGUAAGACAAAAAAAGGACAAAUUGACAACAUUUUGCUUGCUUCAAAAGUGAUUCUAACAAGUUGAGGUAAAGGUUAAGAUGAGUUUACAUCUCUUCCUUCCUCCAUCUCUUCAUACUCGUCAUUUUAUCAUCAUCAUCAUCAAAAACACACUUCAAUCAUGUAAAGACUCCUUGAAAGCAAAGGAAAUACAUUGUGAGGCAAAAGAUGAAGAGGAUGAGGAAUAAUUUGAAGAGAAGGAAGAAAACCAUUCCUGCAUAUCUUUCCAACACGUACAACAAGCUAAAGCUAAACCAUUUGAGCUUCCCAGUUGUUCAACUCCAUGUUUCAUUGACUCCUCAAUAUUCUCAACGAGCCAAAACUCGGAUUACAAUUGAAAAAAAAGAUAAUUGUCUUACCAUUGGUUGCUCAUUUGGUGCUGAUUGUGUCCUUGAUGAAGACGGAUUAGAGCCAUAUUGUCGUUGUACUCACCAAUGUAAUCCCAACGUCCAUCAUUAUGUUUGUGGCAAUGACAAUGUUACUUAUCCCAGUUCAUGUCACCUUCAAUUAAGCUCAUGCAAAUUACAGCAAACUAUUUACGUUAAACACGAAGGAAACUGUCAUGAAAUUCAUAGUAAAUGCGUUGAAUCUGAUUGUAAAUUUGGUGCCCAUUGUAUACAAUUGAAAGGUGGACUUGGAAGUGAGUGCCGAUGUCCAGAGAAAUGUCUUGAUUAUCCUGAUGUAGUUACAUGGUUACAUGAAAAAUAUCCUCAUUCACAAAGUGAAUCUCUUGCUCUAACCAAUGAGCCUGUUUGCGGAAUUGAUGGCAGAGAUUAUGAGAAUCUUUGUCAGCUCAAAAAGAUUUCUUGCCUUCAAAAAAAGCUCAUUUCUGUCAAAUAUUUUGGCUUAUGUGAUCCCUGUUCAACCAUGAUGUGCCCAUCAGAUGAAAUUUGUCAAUUGGAUAUUGAAAGGAAACCGUUUUGUACAUGCAACUAUUCAACCUGUUCAACCAUGGAUUUAGCUGAUCACCAUAAUAAUGAUGGUCUUACUGGGGAAAAGGAUAAUAAUGGUCCAAAUAAUAACCACCUUUAUCAUAAUCAAGAGGAGCCCUCUUCAAUCACCACCACCACCACCAGCACUACCACUGUUGCAACCAUGACCCUCUCAACCUAUCCUUUGAUCAAUGAAACUCUUAUCUGUGGAUCAGAUGGUAAUUUAUACAAAAGUGAAUGUUCACUUUUCAGAGAAUCAUGUGUAAAAAAGAUUGAUAUAAAACCUUCGCCCUCAUCAAAUUGUAUUCAAGGUCAUCAUCCAUGCCAUAAAUUAAAAUGUCACUUUCAUGGUAAAUGUAUUGUCGAUAAAUUUGGUUCUGCUAAAUGUACCUGUUUACAAUGUGAAUCAAUUUAUAAGCCAAUUUGUGGAUCAAAUCGGAUUACAUACGACUCUGUUUGUCACUUAUUAAGAGAUUCUUGCCUUAAAAAGGUUAACCUGACAGUUUCAUAUUCUGGUCCAUGUGAAAAUUAUCAACAAGUUUCACCAGUUAUCAACGGUUUGACCAAUGGUUUAUCAAUCAGUGGACUUCAAUCUAAUCGAUCAACAUCAAAUGCUUUUGUCUCAUGUUCACCAGACAAUUGUCAUUUUGGUGGAGUUUGUGUUCAAACAAAAGAGUUUGACAAUCAGUUGAAAAGUGUUUGUCAAUGCCGCCAAUGUCCAGAUGAAAAUGAACCCGUUUGUGGAUCCAAUGGAGUCAGUUAUGCAAAUGAAUGUGAACUUCAUAAAGCGUCAUGUCAAGAUCAAAAAGCAAUUUACAUUUCACAUAAAGGACCUUGUAGAAGCUGCGAUAAAUUAAAAUGCAAAUAUUAUGCUAUUUGUGAAGCUAAUAUUUAUGGUAUUUACGAAUGCGUUUGUCCACAAGUUUGCUUACGACUCGAUGCUCCAAUUUGUGGUUCAAAUGGAGUUACUUACGAUAAUGAAUGUGAAUUACGAGUUCGAUCUUGUUUGGCCCAAACUGAUAUUACAAUCGCUCAUUUAGGACCUUGCGAUUCAUGCCAAAAGAUUGUCUGCAAAAAUGGUGCUCAAUGUGAAAAUGGACGAUGCGUUUGCCCCACUUCAUGUUCUGAUCCAGUUUAUGAACCAAUUUGUGCUAACGAUGGAAACACUUAUCCGAAUGAAUGUGAAAUGAGGAAAAAUGCUUGUCUCAAUGACAUGGAUUUAAGGUCAUUAUUUUAUGGCCAGUGCGAGGAAACUGAAGAUGAACCAACAAGCUCAGAUGAUAAUAGCUCUGAUAACAAUGAAUCUCACAAGAAUCAUCAGACAAAGUCAGAGCACCUAACGCAACCUCAUCAUCAUCGCCAUCAAAAUGAACACAAAGAUUUCAAAUCUAGAGAUUCAGAUGCUGUUGAACACCACUCAACAUCAGUGGCAUCCAGAGAUUCUAAAAAUCCCUGUCAAAGGUUGAAAUGUAAUUUCGGAGGAGUCUGUGAAUUCAAUAACAGAGGUCGCCCUUACUGUGAAUGCAAAUUCAAUUGUUCAACCAUGAUAAGACAAAGUAAAGGGAAAACUGAAACAGUUUGUGGUUCGGAUGGACGUUAUUAUGAAAAUUUAUGUUCCCUGAAAGAAGAAUCAUGUCGACGACAGAUUGAGAUUAAAUCUGUAGAUAGUGAUCAAUGCAAUUUAUCAAUCACAGUGAACAAUUGAAUAUUUACUAUUUAGACUUCACCAAUCAACAAAAUUUGUUCAUCAAUUUUCAUUGAAUUUAUGUAUCAAAGUUGUUUUUUUGCAUUACAAUGUUGAGUUGAAUUGUGUCAAAAAGACCAAAACUUAUAGCAGUGUAAUUGAAAUGAAAUGUAAAAAGUAAAGUCAGAUUUUAAUUUUUCAA